AAAAGAGGUGCUUGUUUUAACUCGCGUGACAGUUGGCGGGUUUUUAUUUCGUUAGCAUUUUGAUCCUUUUUUGUCGUUGCAAUCUCAAACAUUUGCAUUUCACUUGCAAAAAUUGAUAAUGACGACGUUUAUCUACCCAGACGCCCGCAGAGACGAGAGGGUUGUGGAGGAUUAUCACGGAACGAAAGUUGCUGAUCCGUACCGCUGGGUGGAAAACCCAGAGAGUGAGGAAACAAAAGCCUUCGUCGAUGCUCAGAAUGACGUAACUACACCUUUCCUGAACAGAUGUGAAUUCAAGCAGAAAUUACAUGACAGAAUCAAAGAAGUAUGGGACUACCCUAAGUAUGGCUGUCCAUUCAAGAGGGGAGACAACUAUUACUACUUCCACAACAGUGGCCUUCAGAAUCAAAGUGUGAUGUAUGUCCAGGACACUUUAGACGGAGAACCAAGGGUGUUUUUGGACCCAAACAGUCUGUCUGAAGACGGAACCAUAGCUCUGAGAGGACAGGCAUUUUCUGAAGAUGGCAAAUACUAUGCCUAUGGACUGAGUAACAGUGGAUCUGAUUGGGUAACAAUAAAGUUCAGAAGUGCCCCAUCAGGUGAAGACCUACCAGAUGUUUUGGAGAGAGUGAAGUUUUCCAGCAUGGCCUGGACACAUGAUCACAAAGGAUUGUUUUACAAUUGUUAUCCCCAGCAAGAAGGGAAAUCUGACGGAACAGAAACCACGUCUAACCUGAACCAGAAGUUGUUCUAUCACAGGAUAGGCACAAAACAGUCUGAGGACAUCCUGGUGGCAGAGUUUCCUGAGAAUCCUAAAUGGAUGAUAGGAGCGGAAGUGACAGACUGUGGACGAUAUCUGAUUUUGUCCAUUCGUCAAGGCUGCGAUCCAGUAAACAGGCUCUACUUCGUCGAUCUUGAUGCCUUGGAGCAGGGAAUUGUGGGUAAACUUCCGUACGUCAAAGUAGUGGAUAACUUUGAGGCAGAGUACGAGUACAUCACCAAUGAAGACACAGUGAUGACUUUCAAGACAAACCUGGACUCGCCCAGAUACAAGCUCAUCAACAUUGACUUCAGUAACCUCGCUGAUGCCAAUUGGAAUACAUUAGUGAAAGAAGAUGAGAGGAACGUCUUAGAGUGGGUGGGUUGUGUCGGCUCAACACUGGUGCUGUGCUACCUGAAGGAUGUCAAGAAUGCUCUGGUCUUAUGCGACCUAGCUACUGGUCAAGAGAAGGGUUGCCUUCCCCUGGAUGUGGGAACGGUUGUGGGAUAUUCAGGCGGGAAGAAGGACACUGAGAUUUUCUACCAAUUCAUGUCUUUCCUGACCCCAGGCAUCAUCUACCAUUGUGAUAUGACCUCUGACACUGCUCAACCCAAGAUAUUCCGCCAGAUUUGUGUCAAGGACUUUGACCUCAGUCAGUUUGAAACCAAUCAAGUGUUCUACCCUAGCAAAGAUGGGACAAAGAUCCCUAUGUUCAUCGUGCAUAGGAAGGGGAUACAGCUGGAUGGUAACAGGCCGGUACUUUUGUAUGGUUACGGUGGCUUCAACGUCUCCAUCACACCUUCCUUCAGUGUGUCUAGACUAGUCUACAUGCAGCAUCUAGGAGGGGUUCUGGCUGUGCCUAAUAUACGAGGAGGCGGGGAAUAUGGUGAGACCUGGCAUAAGGCAGGUAUCAUGGGUAGCAAACAGAACGUCUUUGAUGACUUCCAGGCAGCUGCUGAAUACCUGAUCAAGAACAAGUACACCCAGCCCAAGCGUAUUGUCAUUAAUGGGGGAUCUAAUGGGGGCCUAUUGGUGGGAGCCUGUGUCAACCAGAGGCCAGACUUGUUUGGCUCAGCCAUUGCUCAGGUUGGUGUAAUGGACAUGCUGAGGUUUCAUAAGUUCACCAUUGGCCAUGCCUGGGUAACAGACUAUGGCUCUGCAGACAACGCCGAAGACUUUGAAUGGCUCUACAAGUACUCUCCUCUCCACAACAUCCGUGUACCACCCGGUGACCUUCAGUAUCCAUCCAUCCUUCUGCUCACAGGAGAUCACGAUGACAGAGUUGUCCCACUUCAUUCGCUCAAGUACAUAGCGGAACUACAGCACAAGUUCAGGGAUGUUGGCAAGCAGACAAACCCUCUGAUGAUUCAAAUUGACACAAAAUCUGGUCACGGCUCAGGGAAACCAACAGCUAAAAUAAUAGAAGAGGUGACAGACAUUUACUGUUUCAUGUCUCUAACUCUUGGACUGGAAUGGGCUGAAUGACUCACCACCUACUCACCACUUGCUCACUUGUGACUGCCGUUGAUGGGACCAUUACAGUAUACUUAGUCAGAGACCUCAAAAAAAAAAGAAAAAAAACAAAUUAAAAAAAAGUGUCAUCUGUCUUUAAAGUAACAUCUAGUGGCUAAAAACUCAAAUCCCAUUUAAAACACAGUGCAGCUCUUGUCCUGUUAUAUUCAUUUAAACAAAGUGCUGAAUUAUUUUGAGUUAUUUCAACCAUUUUUGUUUUUUGUUUUUUUUGUGUGUGUGUGUGUAUGUGGAUUUUUCUUUUUCAUUUGUAAUUCUCCACAUACAUGUGUAAUCCAUACCUUUUGUUCAAACAAACUGAUGUAAAAUGCCAUGCAUGAAAAUACUUUUUGUUCACCAUUGCUUUGCUGUGGAUGGAAGUAUCUUGUUUGAAAUCUUACUAACAUUUCUAUGUAAUCCCGGUUUUAAUUUACCAAAUGAACAAAUAAACAUUACAGUAUAAUUUUUAAGGUCAUGUGUUCACAUUGAUGUACAUGUGUGUAUGUAUGUGUGUAUGUAACAUUUCCCUGUAAUCUGGUUUUAUUUUACCAAAUGAACAAAUAAACAUUACAGUAUAAUUUUUUGAAGGUCAUGUGUUCACAUUGAUGUACAUGUGUGUAUGUAUGUAUGUAUGUAACAUUUCUCUGUAAUCCCGGUUUUAUUUUACCAAAUGAACAAAUAAACAUUACAGUAUAAUUUUCAAGGUCAUGUGUUGACAUUGAUGUACAUGUGUGUAUGUAUGUAUGUAACAUUUCUAUGUAAUCCCAGUUUUAAUUUACCAAAUGAACAAAUAAACAUUACAGUAUAAUUUUCAAGGUCAUGUGUUCACAUUGAUGAACAAAUAAACGUUACAGUAUAAUUUUCAAGAUCAUGUGUUGACAUUGAUGUACAUGUGUGUAUGUAUGUAUGUAACAUUUCUAUGUAAUCCCAGUUUUAAUUUACCAAAUGAACAAAUAAACAUUACAGUAUAAUUUUCAAGGUCAUGUGUUCACAUUGAUGAACAAAUAAACAUUACAGUAUAAUUUUCAAGAUCAUGUGUUCACAUUGAUGUACAUGUGUGUAUGUAUGUAUGUAACAUUUCUAUGUAAUCCCAGUUUUAAUUUACCAAAUGAACAAAUAAACAUUACAGUAUAAUUUUCAA